AUGGAGCAGGAUGACCUCGACCUGCACAUUCUUAUGGACGAGCUUCCCGUCGGUAAAGUGGACGACGGCAUGAACAUUCUGGGUAUCGUCGUUUUCUCAAUCUUCCUGGGCGCCGUUCUGUCCAGCAUGGGUCGCCAGGGCAAGCCGCUACUAGACUUCUUCGAGACGCUGCACAUCGCAACCAUGAAGCUCACCAUGCUGGUAAUCUGGUACUCGCCAGUGGGUAUCAUAUUCCUUGUUGCUACAAAAGUUAUCGAAAUGGAGGACCCCAACAAGGUGUUCGUGCAGCUGGCCCUACUACAUUUACCCGUGCUAGUGGGUCUCGCCGCGCACGGGAUCAUCGUGUUGCCCCUCGUGUACUUUGUCUUCACGCGCAAGAACCCCGUGACCUUUAUGUACGGCAUGACCAAAGCGCUGCUUACUGCCUGGGGAACUGCAUCCAGCUCUGCCACCUUACCGGUUACCAUGGAAUGUCUCGAGGGCAAUCACGUGGACGUCCGCAUCGCCAAGUUUGUAGCCCCCAUUGGGGCCACCGUGAACAUGGACGGAACGGCGCUCUAUGAAGCGGUCGCCGCCAUCUUUAUUGCUCAAGUGAACGGGAUCAGCCUCAAUAUAGGGCAGGUAAUCACUGUCAGCCUGACGGCCACAGCAGCCGCCAUUGGAGCGGCAGGUAUCCCCUCUGCCGGCCUCGUUACCAUGACAAUCGUCCUAACCGCCGUCGGCUUACCGACGGAAGACAUUUCGAUCAUUCUCGCCAUCGAUUGGUUUCUGAACCGUUUUCGGACAGCCAUCAACGUUCUAGGGGAUGCGAUCGGGGCCGGCAUAGUGGACCAUCUUUCGCAGGCCGACUUGAAGGAAAUGGACAGACUCGAAGGCAUAGAGGAGGGUAUCCAAGACAACGACGUCUCCGUGACAACGGAAUCCUCGGGGAUCUCGAGCAAGGAGAAUGGAGUGAAGUUUGAAGAAAAGAAAGCUAUCGAUAUUGGCCUAAACAACCCGGCCUUCACAAAUGGCGAUUUGAACACUCCCCUAUAAUCGAACGCUCUCGAUCACAAUAUAUCAUGAUCACAAAUCCAGAAAUAAGUUUGCGCUUUUAUUUUUAAGUUUUUUUUAGCUGUCGACGGUCUGUUUUAAUUCAUUCAUUUAUUUUGCAAAAUGUAUACGAUUUGCUGCUAUAACGUUAUUUACUUUACCCGUUAGGGGACCGGACACUACUUCACCAUGUAAAUUUCUGUAUUUUUAUUUUUUACAUAUAAUUUGAGUUUGACAAUAAAAAGUUGUCGAUGUAAACAUAUUCAUGUUUAAAGUUCUAAAUAAUAUCCAAAAACAAUGUUAAUUUCAAUUUAAUCCAACAUUAUUAAUUGGCAUAUAUUUUUAUUUAAAAAACGGUAUUAAAAUCUGAUGGGUAAUAUGUUCACAGAGAGAGACACUGCAGUAGCAGGAGUAAAACCUUAGUUAAUCACGUUUUAAGUUGUGUUGUUUAAAGUUUUCAUUUCAAAACCAUGUUAAUUAUAUCUUCUAUAUUAUAUAUUGUACACGGAUAUAUAGCAUAUGAGUAUUUGUCUUUCAGAUUGUGUUUUUUAUGGUAAAUAUAAUAUUGUUAUUUAUAUGUUAAAACUAUUGUGAAAUAUGUAACCAUAUUUUUACUUUGCAAUGCAAUCUGAUAUCAAGAAGUGUGUUUAUAUUAAUUGUUUAUAUACUGCUGUAUUUGCCAUUGGCUGAAUUAAUUAAUUGUUCGUACCGAAAGAUCGUGUUUCGUCUGCGAACUGUCUCAUGAUUACAUAUCAAGAUCUGUUUACAUCCUUCAUUAAAAUCCUGUUUACUUG